UUGUCUCUCGCGUCUCCGGGAUCUUCGUGCAGGAAGAUUCUCGAUGUUUUGAACGCAGACUCUCCGGUGUCCAAAAGAUCAUGACUGAGGAGCAUGCAACAAACGGUACAACCCUGUCCCAAUCAGACCGCAGGAUGACUGUAGGAGCAGAAGGUGGGGCUGAUGUCACAAAGGCACAAUUUCGCCCUUUAUCACAUGACCGGGUUACAUUAGUAGUGGACGGUACUCAUUUUGUAGUGGAUCCUGCGGUAUUCACAGCUUACCCAGAUACGGUGCUUGGGAGAAUGUUCGGUCGAGCGCGCCAGCACAGUUUCACGCGACCAAAUGCUAAAGGUGAAUAUGAAAUCGCUGAAGGCAUUGGUGCCAACAUCUUCAGAGUCAUAUUGGAUUAUUACCGUGUCGGCGUGCUGCACUGUCCAGAGGGCGUGUCUUUGGCGGAACUACGUGAAGCGUGUGAUUAUCUGUGCAUAAACUUCGACUACAGCACCGUUAGAUGCCGAGACCUUAGUGCUCUCCUGCACGAGCUGUCCAAUGACGGCGCUCGGCGGCAGUUCGAGGCGUUCCUGGAUGAGCUGUUGCUUCCGGCAAUGGUCGCGAGUGCUCAGGAAGGAGAGCGAGAGUGCCACAUCGUGGUCCUCACGGAUGACGAUACCGUAGACUGGGAUCAUGACAAUCCUCCGCCGAUGGGAGAGGAAAGCUCGCAAAUCCUCUACAGCACCAAACUGUACCGUUUCUUCAAGUUCAUCGAGAACAGAGACGUCGCGAAAGCUCUGCUGAAAGAGCGAGGCCUGAAAAACAUACGCAUCGGGAUUGAGGGAUACCCCACCUGUAAAGAGAAAGUGAAGCGGCGUCCAGGCGGCAAAUCCGAGGUCAUCUACAGCUACGUCCAGCGUCCCUUCAUCCAGCUGUCCUGGGAGAAAGAGGAAGGGAAGAGCAGACACGUGGACUUCCAGUGCGUCCGCAGCAGAAGCGUCCCGAACCUCAUCGCUGCCAUGGGGGAGGGGCCUACACGGGCUGGGGCCACGCCCACUCCGCAGGUCGACGAGCUAGAUCGGCUGAACGGCCCCGCCCCUCCUGAGCUCAACCAAUGA